CCUAAUCCCCUAACGGCUAACCCUCUCUGCCACCACCUCACCUCACUCUGUCACAGUGUCACUCACCCAGCCACCGCCGCCAGCCGCCCGCCGUCGUCUUCUUCGUCUCACCGCCGGACACCUAUUCUGAAGUCUGAAGGAACAGAACAGACCCGCGGCUCCGCUUCGUCCCUGUUUCUCAUGGCCGUCGCCGUUUCCGCGCCGUCGCCCUCGCCGUUGCCUCGCUCUUCUGCUCUGUCAAACAGCAACCUUAAACUGCACUUCUCCUAUUUUAUCCAGCAACUUUAAACUGCACUUCUCCUAUGUUAUUCUAUUCUGUGUUGAAAACUUAAAAUUUCUGGGAUGAAUAUGCUUGUUGAAAUAUGAACAAAGGCACAGAAAACUGCAACAGGAGCAACAAUGAGGAGAAUUGUCAGUGCCAAUGAUCUCACAUCUGGUCCAAAUAUGAACCUACCCUGAAAGAAAAAUUUCUGCAAAAGAAAAGCACUGAAAACAUGAAUUAGUAAGCAUCUCCUAAGUGAUAAAUUGGCCAGAUAAGUAAUUCAAAUAAUAUGCAGCAAUAUAACUAAAUUUUCCUGUUCAAUAAAUGUUUUGUAACAAACAAAUUACAACAUGAAAAGUACAAGUACAUCUGGACUUGAUUCCCUAGUUGGAUAUUGUGUCUCAGGUGGCCAAAGGAUGCUUGUUUAUGAGUUUGUGCCAAAUAAAACACUUGAGUUUCAUUUGCAUGGUAAGAUAUUUUCCAUUCGUUGCUCCAAAGUUAAAUCUUUAUCUCCUCUUCCCCCCACAUAUAUUAGCACUUUUGAUUUAUGAAGAAUGAUGCAUACAUAGAUAAUGUAGAAUGAAGGACAAAAUUUAAUUUUUCACCUAUAUGGUAUGCAAUUUCCCUUUUCUUCCUAUACAUAGGAUUUACUCCAAUCAUUCUCUAAUAAAUGUGAUGAACUUUAAGUGUACGCAUAUUUUGAGUAGUAUAGCUUCUGUGUGUAAUAAAAUUGUUUUCUUAUGCAGAAUUAUGGUUUAAAAAUUUUGUGGAGUUGAGUUUAAAUAGAUUGGAUUGGUAAUUGAGGUUUAGGACUACACUGUCUUGAGAAUUGGAGACAAAUAGCAAAAGAUAGUGAUGAAUUCUGUGUGAUCUGGUAUAACUAGUAAUAUGUGUUGUAUAUGAUUUAGCAGAUAUAAUUUUACAUAUAUAAUUAGUUUUCUAGUGUCUUGAUGGCAAUGCCGAAGAAACACUACGGAGAUUAAUGAAAUGGUUAUGUGGAUUGUUUGAGGAAAAUGUCUCUUUAGGUGAUUAAGUAUAAUAGGUGUUUAGGAGAUAGUCUUUUUGAGAUUAUGAGUCGUUUGUAAUUUGUCUAAACAAUCCUCCCCUUUGGGUCGAGAUUCCUAACAAUAAUCGAAAAAAAAAGUGUGAUAAACUUUCUGCUUAUGACUAUUUUUAGUAUUUUAUAUUUUUUAUUUAUGUGAAACCGGUUUUAUCGGUUCAACCAGCGGUUUAUCGGUUGAACCAAUAAAUCAGUGAACCAGUAACCUGACCGGUUUGAUCACCGCCUCGAUUCUCUCUCCCGCCUCCUCCCCCCUCUUCGACCCUCUCUCUCACAAACCAACACGGUGGCCACUUCUGACUCCGUCGUCGCUGUCCCCGUAGUCAUGCAGAUGUAAAUUUUCCAGUGUACACGAAUCCGUGUUUGGCGCUUUUGUGGAUGAAAUCUUAAGUCUCAAUUCUCGUAUUGAAAAUGGGAAGCUUAUGAUAAAAUGAUGCCCCUUUUUGGGUGCUGGUGAAUUAUGGUUGCGAGAUUAUCAACUAAGGUAUUGAACAUUUGCAUAGCAUCAAUGUGCAAAGCCAAGCAAGUAGUGAAAGCUGAAGCUGUGAUAAUCGACGGCAUAAGAUUGGGUGUGCUCCCUGAUGUGGUUACAUACAACACUCUAAUAGAUGCGUAUUGUCGUUUGGAUUGCGUCGACACAGGCUAUUCUGUUCUAAGUCGAAUGAGGGAGGCAGGGAUACCCCCUGAUGUUAUUUCUUACAAUUCUUUGAUCUCUGGGGCUGCCAGGAAAUGCUUGUUGUCGAGUGCCUUGGACCUGUUCGACGAAAUGCUUCGAGCAGAUAUACACCCUGAUGCUUGGAGCUAUAACAUUUUGAUUAAUUGUUUGUUCAAGCUUGGGAAACCAGAUGAGGCGAAUCGUAUUUUUAUGGAGAUGGCACUUAGUGAGCUGCAUCCUUGUUCGGCUACAUAUAACAUCAUGAUUAAUGGGCUGUGUCAGAAUGGAUAUGUUAACAAUGCUAUUAUGUUGUUCAGGAACUUGCAACGGCACGGAUUCAUUCCUGAGGUGUUGACAUACAACACACUUAUUAAUGGACUAAGCAAGGCUCGACGAACGGGGACAGCUAGGAGGAUUCUUAGGGAGUUUAAGGAAGCAGGUUAUGAACCUAACUGUAUUACCUACACAACGGUUAUGAAGUGUUGCUUCCAGUGUAGGCAGUUCGACGAAGCGUUAGAGAUCUUGCAUGAGAUGAGGAGUAAAGGGUACACUUUCGAUGGCUAUGCAUACUGCACAGUUAUUGCUGCACUGAUAAAGAUCGGGCGGAUUGAAGAGGCAGAUGAAAUCGUCAGGCUGAUGCAGCAUAGUGGUAUUCAACCAGAUUUAGUGUCUUAUAAUACAUUGAUAAAUCUUUACUGCAGACAAGGAAGAUUAGAUGAUGCCAUGAAGUUACUUGGCGACAUAGAGAAAGAAGGUCUGGAAUGCGAUCAAUAUACACACACGAUUAUAAUUAAUGGAUUGUGCAAUGCAGGCAACUUUUUAGGUGCAAAACAGCAUUUGAUUUAUAUGAACUCACUGGGGUUUGGUUACAAUUUGGUUGCGCAUAAUUGUAUUCUUCAUGGAUUGGGUAAAGCAGGUCAUAUUGAUCACGCAAUGAAAUGGUUCGAAUCGAUGGAAGUUAAAGACUCUUUCACGUAUACCAUCAUAGUGCACAACCUUUGUAGGGCUAGAAGGUUCCUUUGUGCCUCCAAGAUCAUGGUUUUGUGUCUAAAUUCUGGGUUUCGGAUCUUAAGGGCUACUCAGAGAGCUGUUAUUGAUGGUCUUUGUAGUAUAGGGUAUACAAAUGAAGCUAGGAAACUCAAGCUUAAACUACGAGUGAUUCGACUAUUACAUGAUUAAAUCGCAGUUGAUGUUUGAGUCUUCAGAUAUUUCAAUACUUUGCUGACCAAAUAAAAGAAUAAAGCUCUGAAUCAUGAGCCCUAUUCUUGAUCCAUAUAUGUCAUUCUGAGCCUCUGAGGGAUACAAUUAUCAUUUUUGCUGGAAGUGGUAAUUUACUUUUUUUUUUUUUUGGUCAUUGUAAUUUACUAAUUUAUUUGAUUGAGUAGGCUAACUGCAGUGUCUCCUCAUUGUUGCUUCAAAUUGUU